AUGUCUGAAAAAGUGAUUCUCUGUACCGGUGCCAACCAAGGCUUGGGUUUCGCCAUCCUCCAGGUUGCUGGUCUGCGCCACCCAACAAACACCUAUAUCCUUUGCAGCCGGGAUCUAAAUGCUGGUCAACAGGCGGUCCAGAAGCUCAAAGAUCUAGGUGUGACUGCUAAGAUUGAUUUGGUCGAGCUGGAUGUCACCAAUGACCAGCAGAUCACUGCAGUCAUCAACCAUGUUACCAACACUUAUGGUAGACUGGAUGUCUUGAUCAACAACGCCGGUAUCAUUCGUCUUCCAUCCAAAGAUGAUCUCUCAGCAGCCCGCAACACCUACAAUGAAAUCUUGAAUGUCAACAUUACUUCUGUUGCCCUUAUCACCACUGCGUUUACUCCUCUUCUCUACAAGUCUUCAGCUCCCAAGGUCAUCAACAUCUCCUCCGGUCUGGGUAGCAUCCAGAACUCCCUGACCAAAAAAAUGGGCCGCUCCCCGCCAUACGGUGCUAGCAAGAUCGGAAUGAACGGCCUCACAGUCCACAUGCAGGUUGCUGAGAAUGACCGCGUUGAAGCUGACACAGAUGGGACUAGCGGCAAGCCGCGUAUUCGAUAUUACGCCUGCGCUCCUGGCGCUCUCAAGACUGCAUUCACCAACUACUGGCCGAAUGGCAGAUCUCCUGAGGAUGGAGCAGAGGUGGCCGUUCAUCUCCUUGCCGAUGAUACCAACAAGUACGAUGGGGGCUCUUACUGGGAGUUUGUAGAUAACGAGAUGAAGAUCGUUCCCUGGUAG